ACGAAAGACGGCUCUUUCAGUUUUCUGUCGUCGUCGAAGCUCCCUUGUCGCGCGAUACCAAUCUGUGCUUGCGGAGCGCGAUGCUGGCCAGGAAAAGGGGUGGCGCACGCGACAAGUCGCGGAAGAUGGCCAAGAAGAACGCGCCCGCCGCGCUGCAGACCGACGUAAGCAACGACGAGGACUGGGCUAAAAUCCUGGAGCGGAAGGGAUUAGUCGUGGCCGACGUCUAUUCGGACUGGAGCGGGCCGUGCGUCGGUAUGGUGAGCAUACUCAAGAAGAUCAAGAUGGAAAUCGGCGGCGAUAACUUGAGCUACGCAACGGCCAAGUGCGACAACAUCCAGUCUUUGGCUCGAUUUCGGGGGCAGAGCGAGCCCACUUGGAUGUUUAUCCGCGAUGGAAAAAUGGUCAAUCUGCUGUUCGGAGCGAGCUGCCCGCAUCUCACGGAAAUGCUCACAGAGGAACUGAAGAGACUUGAGACGGGCGAGGAACCCAAAUUUUCUCUUCCGGUCUCGGAGAUGUGCGAGGAGGAAAUCGUGAGGAUGAAGGAGAUCGAGCAGAAGAAAAUCGCCAAAUACGCCGAAGAAAAUGCGAAAAGAGACGCCGAGAGAAAGGAGAAAUACGAAGCGGAGCUAAAUCACUACGUGGACUCGCUGCACAAAGAGACAGUUCUCAUCUUGCUGCCGUGGCUGUUCAAAGACGAGGAGGGCAAUAAGAGGGACAAAAAGUCAACGCCCGCGUACGUCGAGCUCGCCGAGCAAUUGUUACCCGAGUACUUUACGAUCGACCGCGAGGUUGGAAUGCAGAUCGAGGAACAGCACUUGCAGGAGAUGCAGAAAGAGACACUCUUCGAAUUCAGCAACGAAAGCAAACGACUCUUCGUGGACGGCAAAUGUCUAUGUAUGAGGCUUAAAGUUAUCGACAAGGUGCCGCAGAUCGACAUUGAAAAGUGCUUGUUCGAGUUACUGUUCGGCGAGCCGAACGUGUCCCAGUCGCCCGACGAUCUUAUCGAGGGAUGUUUCGUUCAACGCUACUUACCAUCGCUGAGGGAAUUCAUCAAAGACACCAUGAGCGUAGCAUCGGAUCCGAAAAAACUGGACAAACUUCUGUGCGUGACGACCGUGUGGAUACCGCUAAAUCCAAGAAACAAGGCCAUUGCUUUCCGCGCACUCUUUCCAAAAUACGUCCAGGACACUUAUCCGUACGAGGAUAAAGACGCUUCGGUUCCCAUCACGGUAUUCAAAUACGACAAUACUAAAAUAAGAGAACUCCAAAUGGUUCACGAGAUGUACAAGCACGAAGUAGUUAAGCACGGAAUUUUCGAACGCGACAAGUUGUCCCAUCACAAAUUAAUAGCCAAAGAUAUAGAAGAGUUUGAGCAACUGCCAAAAGAACUACACAGCACUGCGGUAUUCGUAUGGGUAGUCAAGAAAAGCGGUAUCAACGUAUUCCUGUCGUUCGCGGGAAUAGGGCCAAACUACGUGAGCGAGACCCCCGAAAAGGCCAUAGAAGACGCAGAGCAAUACUUCCCUCGCAAAUCUACGGUGUCGGAAGAUGUGCAAUCGGACGACGAGGAAAAACCAGCCGAUGAGCAGCAGCAGCAACAGGAGCAGCAGCAGCAACAGGAGCAGCAGCAACAACAGGAGCAGCCUGCGGCAGCUUCGUAGCUUAAUUUACAUGUGUAAACAAUUCGAUGGAAAUAAUAAA